AAGCUAUCAACGUUGAGUCUGUUAUUUGAGAUCUGUCGAGGCAGGACUGAUGCAAAUACCCGUAUAAAAAAUAUACAUCCGAUCGUUCCGUGGAAACAUAAGCUCACGUCUUUUAGCCAGCUAAUGUUUUAGUUGUGAUUCUUCCUGGCCGAUGGAGUGAAUGUUGUCGCUAUGUCUCAUAGACUGACCAAAGAGGAACUGGAUGCACAGUUUGAGCAGUUUUUAAAAGAGUCUGUUUCAGAUGAUUCUGUAGACUUGGGUGAGCGAGAUAAGGACACCCACGCUAAAAGCAGCUUAAAAGCCCAGAAAGCCCAGAAACCAGCUGUGUCGUGGUGGCAAGAUGACGAACACAGUGGUGGAGGACGAGAGAUGGACAAACGCAGAUUUGUCAAAACCAAAAAGCCUCAACCUGAGAACACUGAGGGCCUGUUGGGAUCUGGGAAGUCUUUCAGAAAGUCUCAGCCUAUUCAAGAGGAGGAGGAGGAGGAGGGUUCAGGAGAUUCAAGUUUGAAGGAAGGGCUUGAUGCAGCUUCAAUCACCAAAGAGAGCACAGAGACGAGAGACUCUGUGAUGACUCCAGCUGUUAACAUGGGGUUUGGUUUGGGCUUGGACACUCUGGAGGAAGAAGAGGAGAAAAGCAGGUUCUUUGCCCAGCUAGAAGCAGGAGCUUCAUCAACUAUAGAUUACUCCAAGCUGAACAGAGAGCUGGUCUCAACAAGUUCUACCAUGGCUACUAAUCUCAGGAAAGCAGAGAAAUCAGUGGAUGGGACAGAAAAUCAAAGCAAGGCAAGAGACCUGGAUAACUCCAGAGAGUCUCCAGACUUCACAAGUACCCCACACUACAGUGAGGAUUUUGAAGAUGAGGAGAACUUGAAAGAGCCACUGGAGGAGAAGUCAAAAAUCACACAAAUUCUUGCCAGAGUUUCCCUCUAUGAUUCUUUGGAUGAUACUGGUGGGGAAGACAAAAAAAAAGACACAGCAGGGUCACUGGACAGAGGCCAGUCAUAUGCUCAAAGUGGAGGGUCAGAGAUGGAGGCUCUUCAUGAAGCCUACAGACAGAUCCAUGUUGUUGAGGAAUCUGAUGAGCACAACGACCAGUUUUCCUCUCUGGAACAGAGAGGGAGGAUGAACAGACCCAUGUCUCCGACCUCCCCUCCUCAUCAGUCUCUUCAGCCGGCUUCUACCAUUGAGUCAGACCUACCUACAGCAGAGGAGCUGAUGAAGCCCAUCCGACCAGAGGAGAACCAACUUAGAGGCUUCACCCUCCGGCCUGUCAGUGAUGUGGAACUUGACCAAGAAAAGACGUCCCGGUCUGUAGAAAAGAAUUUUCCAGAUGUUACUUAUACCAAGUCACAACUAAAGCAAGUAGAAGAGGCUGCUGCAGAAAUAAAGGGGGUCGGGGGUUUGACCACCCAGUCAUCCACAUCCCCGGACCCCCCGAUCCAUGAGAUGACGUGGAGCAUUAGGAGGGAGGUGCAGAAGCUGAUGCAGGAACAGAACGAACAUUAUUCUUAUGCCGGCAAAGCUAAGAAACAAACGGCCCCCCGCGGACCCUUUGUUUCUCAUCCCUCUACGUCUUCAGAGAGGAAAACCACCAUUGCUCCUGUGAGGGGCAGGAGAGGGGACGCAAGAACAUCAGUGACUUCCAGGUCAUCAGGGACGGGUAGAGGUGCUGCCACAGCCAAAGCCCGUUCCUCCUUUUCCAGUUUUCCUCAGCAUCCGCAAAGAGCCAAGUCCACGAAGAGCCAAGAGAAAGACGACUGUGAUUACACAGAGCCAGGUUUGAAGGUGAGCAGUGAGCUGGUGGCGUCUGUUCAGUCCUUGGUGGCCGUCCUGCAGCAGCAGAUAGACACUGGCUCACAGCAGGAUGAGGCACAGGAACUCAGAAGUCCUCAAGCAACCGGACAAACGCAACAUCAUCCACAGAUCAGCAGGGAUUUGGAAAGCUCUUUGGUGGAGGAGCUCAAACUCCAGCUGGCCCUCAAAGAGCGAGAGCUGCAGAUGAUGAAGGAAGGAGCAGAGGAGCUCAUCUCGCUCAGACAGCAGAACUACCUCCUACAGAGCAAGCUACGAAGUGCAGAAGAAGCCAGUCAGAAGAGGAGAUGGGUGGAGGCCACAGACCCUGCACCAGAGAAGCUCCAGCAGAUCGAUAAAGAACUUAAAGAGCAGGAGACGCUUAUAAAAGGUUACCAGCUGGAGAACGAGAAGCUGUAUUCUCAGAUGAAGGCUCAGCAGGCCAAGAGUAAAGCCAACGAGGAGGCCAUGUUUAAUGAAAACCAGAGGCUGCUCAAUGAGCUGACUUUCACAAGGGAGCAGCUGAAUAAAACCUCAAAGCCUGUGGGGAACGUGUGCCUGAUGGAUCACACGCAACGCAUCACAACCUUGUUAGCUCAAGUAAAUGCACUCCAGAGGAAUGAGGCCAAGCUGUCCGGGGACGUUCACAGGCUGCAGCAGGAAAAGCAGGUUCUGGAGGUGGACCUGCAGCUCAUGAAGAAAGAGAGAGACCUGGCAAAAGACCAGACCAUCUCCACCUCAUGUGAUAAAACUUUCGAGAUGCGUGUCUUGGAGGACAAGCACAGAGAGGAAGUAGCGGCCCUGAAGAAGAAGUUGCAGUGGUUCGCUGAGAACCAGGAGCUGCUGGAUAGAGACGCCGGCAGAUUGAAAGCAGCUACAGCUGAGAUACAGCAGCUCAAACAGCAGGUAGAAAAGCUGAAACAGGAAGUUGGCAGUAGAAGCUCUGAGCAGCAGAGAAAAGCCAGGGAUAAAUCUGUGGCCACUAAGAGGAUGCAGGACCUUGAACGACAGGUGAAGGAGCUCGAGCAGAUACUAAGAAACCGAAACCCAAACUCGCUGCCUGCCCUGAUUUACGCCGCGGCCACCGCUUCUGAUCAGGGGAACGCGGACGCCUCAAAGACGUCGGUGCCCAGCCAGAUCACGUCUUUGCUAGAGCGCAGGAUUCAGCGCCUGGAGGCUGAGCUGGAGAGUCACGACGAGGAGGCCAAGCGCAGCCUGCGCACCAUGGAGCAACAGUUCCACAGGGUCACGCUUCGCUACAAGCAGCAGAUCUCAGAGCUGGAGCAGCAGCUGGAGCACAAACAACAGGUCAAAGCAGGAGCUGAGUCAGAGCCGCUGAUGUCGAAGAUUCAUACGCUGGAGGAAGAGCUGCAGCGUUUAACGGAAAAACACCAGGAGAGAGAGAAAUCUCUCCACGGCCAGAUUGAUGCUCUCCAGCAGCAGCUCAAACACAAGGCUCCGUCGAGUCCAAGCCGACACCAGCUCCAAGCCGAGGCAGCGUUUGGUGUUCGGAUAGAGCGUCUGAACCAAGAGCUCGCCACCAAGACACGGACCAUUCAGGAGCUGAGCCGCACCGUGGAGAGACUGCAGAAAGAGAGGAGGACCAUGCUGUCUGUCCCCACCCCACGACCAGAGACCAGACAAUCUGUGUCCAACCCACGACCAGAGACCAGACAGUCAGGCCCGUCUAAAGCACUCUGUGGUCCCGCUGCAGGAGACACGGGGGCAGAAACGUUUCCCUCAGCUCAGUAUGAGAAGACCUACCAGCCCACAGUUUUUACAGGGAGUCACAUCUCGGAGGUUCUCCUGGAGAACGAGGCUCUGAAGCAGCAUGUGGAGCUGCUGCAGCUGCAGAGCGACCGGGAGCAGGAGGCGCUGAAAGCCGAAGCCGCUGAAGCGAAGGAGGAGCUGUGCAGGCUGAAGGAGCACUUCACAGAGCAGCUGUCCUCAGUGAAAGCAGAACACCUGAGGGUGCUGGAACAUCUGCAGACCACCCACGCUCUGGAGCACUCAUCCUCUAAGGUCGCAGAACUCACCAAUAAGCUCAACACCCAGGAGAUAGUGGUGAAACAUUUGCAAGAGCAGCUGAAAGAGCUGCAGCGUUCCAAAGACGCUCUGGUUAUAUCCAGGACCAGAGAAGAUGCUCUGCAGAAGCAGCUGACCAGACUGCUGCAGGAGCUGAAGGAGGCUAAAGACACUCAGAGUCCAGAGGUGAAGCUCCUACGUGGCCUGGAGAAGAAAAUCCUCAACAUGGAGCUGAGACACCAGCACAGAGAGAAAGAGCUGCAGCAGGUGGUCGGGUGGGCGUGGCAGACGUCGGGGUCUGACCGUCAGUCGGAGGUGGAUCACUGGAGACGCCUGGCUCAAGACAAGACCAGAGAGCUGGAGGCUUUCCGCUUGGAGCUGGACUCUAUCCUGGACGUCCUCAGACAUCUGCAGAGACAGAGACCGGUCCUACCAUCUCCAGACGCCCCCAUCAGGGCCCCUUUCCCCCUAACAAGUUAACAAGGAUUCAGUCCCACCAUGCCAAAGUGUCACUGAGCGAGAAAAACUGCAAGUUGUUUCACAUAAGUCUGAACGGUGAAAGACCACGACGGUUUCGUAUCAGCCAGGUGAAAGUCCUGAACUUAAUCCAGAAGAAAUGUUGUGGAAGGACCUGAGGCAAACGGCUCAUGUGGGGAAAACCAACCAACAUCUCAAAACUAAAGUGGUUCUGUUCUGAGUUAUGGACUAAAAUCCCUCCCAGCCUCCGUAGAUGAGCGAGUUAUUAGAGACGUUUAGUCGGGGGAGGGAACUCAUACCAGAUACUGAAAACCAAGGUUCACUUACACUUACAAAUUAUUAACUUUCUGAACGAAAAUGAAUGUAAAUGUGUAAUGUUUCAGUUUCUUUGUUAGACUGGGUUCUCUUUAUUUACUGUCAGGACCUGUGUGAGAAUCUGCUGUUGUUUUGAGUUAUGUCAGAAUUAACAAACAUUAGUUGGACAUAAUGAUUGCGCGAAGCAGAAAUCAAGUCCUCCUUUGUGCAGAGCUCUCCAAGUUUUAUUAUUAUUUUUUGUUAAGCUGCUUCAGAGUGCAUGAGUCAGUAUUUGCUCUGGUUUGGUACAUCUUGUUAUGUCUGAUAAACUCUGUCGCCCCGAUGGAGUAAAGCCUCUGUUGACUGAGCCCACACUUUGAAUGCGGCUCUCGAUUAUUCUCAUGUUUGCAGACGUGGUUCUCUGAAAGCAGUGCAGACAAAUGACAUAAAAUAAGUUAAUAUAGCCUAUGUGGCAUGUGUGUUGUACAGAGCACUUUUUAAAAACUCACAUUGUAACCUCCUGAGACCCUGCGUCCUCAUAUGGGGACGUUAAGCUUUAGGGUUUUAUUGCAGCUUAUUUUGCUUCAUGUAAACCCAUUGUCCUCAUUCGUGGACGAUUUGGUCUGCCAUCUAGUGUGAGCAAAGGUUAAAAACUAUUUAUUUAUGCUUAUUGACCUUUCUAGUUUCAUAUGAUGCGCAAUUUUUGCUAUUUACCAAGUACUCGUUUGAGGAUGUUGGGACUUCAUUGUUCUGUCUUGACUCAGCCAUGUUCAGGUAUUAAUAUAAACAGUUUUAUAUUUUGUCACAUAUUGGUUCUUUAUAAUAUAAAUAAUGAAAUAAUCCCAGUGUCCACAUUUGAGGACAUUGUUUUUUGUUUUGUUUUUUUUUUUUUCAAAAACUACUACUUCCUGUUCAGAGAUGAUGUUGAGUUCUUAUACAUCUUGGGUCCUACUCAUCCCAAAUACCUCGAAGAAAUUAAAAAUGCGGACCAAAUAGAAGCUUGGGUCUUAGAAAGUUAUGUUUUUUUGCAUUAAUUUAAGAGAUUUCUCUUGUUUGCAUCUUGUUUUAUAUAUAUAUAUAUUUAUAUGUAUAUAUAUUUGCUCUUUGUAGAUUUUGUAUUUAUUUUAUGUAUUUAUUAGUAAGAGUUACAAAUAAUUCAUUGUAUGAUCUAAACUGCUUUUUUUUAAUAACUGCGCAGAUGAAAAUAAACAUCUUGAAUCU